AUGCCGACCGUCCAUCUCCUCGACUAUGUCGCCGGCAACGUCCGCAGCCUGGUCAACGCGAUUGAGAAAGUGGGCUACACAGUAGAAUGGGUGCGCACGCCCGAGGAAGUCGCAAAGGCCGACAAGCUCAUCCUGCCCGGCGUCGGCCACUUUGGCCACUGCCUCUCCCAGCUCUCCUCGGCGGGCUACCUUCCCGCGAUCCAGGCACACAUUGACGCGGGCAAGCCAUUCAUGGGCAUCUGCGUCGGCCUGCAGGCCAUCUUCGAAGGCUCCGUAGAAGACCCGGAGGUGCCAGGGCUGAGCUGCAUCAAGGGCAAGCUGAACCGGUUCGACGACACGAACAAGGCGGUGCCGCACAUUGGGUGGAACUCGGCCAACGCGAGCUCCAAGUCGCUCUACGACCUCCGGCCAGAGAGCAAGUACUACUAUGUCCACUCGUACAAAUACCCCUACAUCGCCGGGGAGCUCGAAGGCCAAGGAUGGACGGUGGCCACGGGGACAUAUGGCGGGGAGGUGUUUGUCGGCGCGGUGGCCAAGGGCAACAUCUUUGCGACACAAUUCCACCCGGAAAAGAGCGGCGUCGCCGGGCUGCGCGUCAUCCGGGCAUUCCUCAACGGCGAAGGCGCGCGGACGCUGGGCCAGACAGUCACGGGCCCGGCGCCGACGGGCGGGCUGACACGGCGCAUCAUCGCGUGCCUGGACGUGCGGACAAACGACCAGGGCGACCUGGUCGUCACCAAGGGGGACCAGUACGACGUGCGGGAGAAGGGCGAGGGCAACGACGUGCGCAACCUGGGCAAGCCCGUGGAGCUGGCCAAGAAGUACUACGAGCAGGGCGCGGACGAGGUGACGUUCCUCAACAUCACGAGCUUCCGGGACCUGCCGGUCGCGGACGUGCCGAUGCUCGAGAUCCUGCGGCGCACGAGCGAGACCGUCUUUGUGCCGCUCACGAUCGGCGGCGGCAUCCGCGACACGGUCGACACGGACGGGACCAAGGUCUCGGCGCUCGAGAUCGCCACCAUGUACUUCAAGAGCGGCGCCGACAAGGUCUCGAUCGGCUCCGACGCCGUCGUCGCCGCCGAGGAGUACUACGCCUCCGGGCGCAAGCUGUUUGGCAACACGGCCAUCGAGCAGAUCAGCCGCGCGUACGGCAACCAGGCCGUUGUGGUCAGCGUGGACCCGAAGCGCAUCUACGUGCCCAAGCCAGAUGCGACACGGCACAACAUCAUCAAGACCGAGUUCCCCUCCCCCUCCAGCGGAGACGAGUACUGCUGGUACGCGUGCACGAUCAAGGGCGGCCGGGAGACGCGGGACCUGGACGUGGUAGAGCUGGUGCAGGCCGUCGAGGCCAUGGGCGCCGGCGAGAUCCUGCUCAACUGCAUCGACAAGGACGGGACCAACUCGGGCUUCGACCUCGAAUUGAUCAGGCAGGUCAAGGCGAGCGUCAAGAUCCCCGUCAUCGCGUCCAGUGGCGCGGGCAACCCGGGCCACUUUGAGGAGGUCUUCGACAAGACGACCACUGAUGCCGCGCUCGGUGCGGGCAUCUUCCACCGCGAGGAGUACACGGUCAAGCAGGUCAAGGAUCACUUGGCGGACAAGGGGCUCGAGGUGAGAUUGUUUGAGGGAGAUUUAUAG